AUGGAAUUGCAGUCGGAAAUACCGAAUCAAUCCAGGCAAUUUAACGAUGACAAGCCCGCCGGAAUAACGAAUUUUGCAGCUGCUCUCCGAGUGCGAUCCAGCGCAGGCCUAUUGGCGUCUCAGUUGACCUGUCAGAAUUCGUCUACAGCAGCAAAUGCGACCCCAUCUCAUCUUCCUGCGCCAUCUUCCCCACCGAGAGUGGCCUCCGCACCACCAGCCCCUAUUGUUCAACCACCUCCGGAUCCCGUGCCUCAACCCGCCCAAGAAGAUGGCGUUAGAUUGCGUCGGGCACAUACUGUGGCCGUUCGUGAUUAUAUAAAGCGGGAGACUCAGACAUUUUUUGGAGUGCAGAAAGAUAAUGAGAGGGAACAAAGGAGACUGUGGUAUGAGAGGAGAAAACGACAUGCAGCGAGGGCUCAUGGCGACCUCAGACUCGACUUGCCACCGGAUCACCAUCCCGACGAUGAUGAUAUUAGUAUGUAUGGAGCGUCGGGUGCGGCACCGAGAGAGGCACGGGGGCGUGCACGGGAGCGGCCCGACGUACUGCCGGCGCCGGCGUCGCUUGAAGAGCCAGCGCCGUCUCCAUUUCCACCCCCAGGGAAAGACAGCGUUGCAAGACUUACUCUGACUGGACUCUCUUAUGUUGUUACGGCGGUCACACGUCGUUCCCGUCAAUCUUCUUCAAUGCAGUGGUCACGAUCGUUCCGCGGCAGCGCGAUCAGUCCGCACGAUGAUGCAGACGUAGACGACGUAUUCUUUGCUCCUCCAUCGAUGACGUCACCAUUAAAUCAGCAGCACCAUGAUGAUGGGGAUGUCGCUGAUGGGCCAAAAGGCGCUCGUUCGCCGAUCGUUUCGGGCGGUGUGGAGUACAGGAGGCCACAGAGGAGUGUUUCCUGGGGUGCGGGGGGCGCGCGCAUUCACACACCCAUGCUCGAGCCGUUGGCUGACAACUCGAACAGAAGGCAAUUUGGAAUGGGCAUUGUCGGCAGAUUCUUCCGCCGGUCACUGCGUAAAUCGAUAACCCGUCAAGAGGAAGUGGCACAGCAGUUGGAUGAGCUGGCAGAUUACCGACCGUAUUUUACAUGGUGGGUGAGCACCGUGCAGACACUGGUACUGCUGCUUUCGUUGCUCUGCUACGGCUUUGGACCCGUUGGCUUCGGUAGACAUAUCCAUUCCGGCCAGGUGAUGGUCAAAAGUCUCAGCUUGCAACAGGUGGAGUGGGAGGAACCUGCUUCAUUCUGGCUUGGACCGAGGGCAGCAGAUCUUAUACAUUUAGGGGCUAAGUUUGCGCCUUGUAUGAGGCGAGACGCGAGGAUAGCGCGUGCUAUAGCGGCAUCAGCAAGACGAGAACGGGAUACUGCGUGUUGCAUACGAAACGACGAUUCAGGCUGUGUGCAAUCAUCUAAAGCUGAUUGCUCGAUAAGAGGAUUAGUGUCAAAGGACACAAUAUCAACGUGGAAGAAGUGGUCAUCAGGUGAAUCUGGACCCGGAGGUCGAAUAUCGGGGUCUGUUUGUGGUUUAGAUCCAAAAUUUUGUGAAGCACCACGUUCAAUAGCACCACACGAGUGGCCAGACGAUAUUACAAAAUGGCCGAUUUGUCGCAAGUCCGUGGUAGAUGGGACGACACCAGUAGGACGAGCGGGUCAUGCAGCCGAGCACAUGGCUUGCGAAGUCAUCGCUCAUCCUUGCUGCAUCGGAGUCCAUGGACAAUGCGUCAUCACCACAAGUGAACAUUGCGACUUCGUCAAAGGCUAUUUCCAUGAAGAAGCUUCCUUGUGUUCACAGGUUUCGUGCCUUGACGACGUGUGUGGAAUGUUACCAUUUAUGAGGAGACGGCGCCCAGACCAGCUGUAUCGUGCAUGGACUUCAUUGUUUGUGCACGCUGGCUUGUUGCAUCUAGCUGCUACACUUGCCAUCCAAUGGCUCUUUAUGAGAGAUCUGGAGAAAAUGGCUGGACCUAUGAGAAUAGCUGUAGUGUACUUAGGUAGCGGUGUCGCUGGAAAUAUGGCCUCGGCUAUAUUUGAGCCGUAUCGAGCAGAGGUGGGUCCAGCAGGGUCGCACUUUGGACUCCUUGCGUGUUUAAUAGUGGAAGUGAUAGGAGCAUGGCCGCUGCUAAAGCAUCCAAGACGUGCUCUGAUGAAGCUAAUCGGACUUGCAUUUGCACUCUUUCUCCUCGGCUUGUUACCAUGGAUAGACAAUUUCGCGCACUUGUUCGGUUUCGUUUUCGGGUUCCUCCUGUCGUACGCAUUGCUACCGUUUAUUACAUUUGGUCCGUACGACAGACGGAGGAAGAUCAUUUUGGUUUGGGUGUGUCUAAUAUCUGCAGCGGGUAUGCUGUGCUCGUUGAUCGCUCUGUUUUACGCAGCGCCGGCGUACGAAUGUUCAGUGUGUGCUUAUUUUACGUGCUUGCCGUUCGCCCCGGACAUGUGUGCUUCACAAGACGUACGCGUGCGGCAACUGGACGGCGUAUGA